CUGUCACAUGAUUUCAGGACCCAGCGCCUUGGGUGCGACACAAUCUUCCGCAAGCCGUAAGACUUCCAGUUCGGUACAGACCGGGGUAUCUAUAGGUCAAUGGGGUGGCCCUGUGGUGGCCCGGUCCCGGGGUGUAGCCAAUGAGAGUUGACGGCCGCAAUGCGCACUCUCAGAGGUACUCGCAGAUGCGGACUUGGGGUCGUCAAGGCCUCGACAUGAGACGAUGUCUUAGCAGGAAUUCAUGACAGUUCAUCACUUGUGCCCCUUUGGUCCUCAACAUCACUUAUCGUCGUUUUCCCCCACUUCAGGUACCGAAGCGACCCGCUGGCGUGUGCUGAUUUGUCUCGUGCACGGUCUGACAAAGAGACGUACCUACAUAUACAGGCGACUUACACGAGCCACGCAACUGCCAACAUGAGCAACAGUGACCUAUCCCAGAUCACCUCGGAGAUCCCUGACUUUAUUGGCGGGCUCCCCAAGAGGAGACAACCCAAGGUUCCUGCCCCACCGGAUGAAUUCGACCAGUACUUUGAUUAUAAACGUUUCUACGAAGGAUCCCCAGCCGCCGAUGCCGACUCGCGGAGCCGCUCUGACGCCUCUUCUAUCCCGGGGCUAACCUCCGGUCCCUCGGAGGAAGACGGCGCAUCCUCCCCCAGGUCCACUGAGGACUCUUUCCACUUCAAGGAAGCCGUGGAGCAGAUCAAGCAACACGAUGAUCGCUUCACUGUACCAGCUCGUGAGAUCAGACCUAACGGCGUGGAGCAUUACCCAUGGCAUAUGGAUAUAGACGGUACGCUAGGUUCGAGUGGAGCCGAAAUCCAGGGACUCGGUGGUAGUAGUAGCCCGCUCUCCCCAGCCUCUUCCAACGGAACUGCGCCGUCCUCAUAUCACAGCUCUUCAAGCGAAUUGCCACUUAGCCGUGGCAAGCGGCAUCGCCCCCUAGAUAACCCAGAUAAGGUCGCCCAGAUGCGCAAAAUUGGCGCCUGUUUCCGGUGUAAGACGCGCAAGGUCCCAAAGUGUGACCAACAGAUCCCUUGCUCGCGUUGCAAAAGUGACGCCAAUAAGUACUGCAACGAUGAUGACGGCGAACUAGCAGAGCACAUGUGUUUCCGCCGUCUCUCCGCUAGCAGCGAUCUCGUCUUUCAUGUGAUCUGGAAUGAAAGUAAACCCCCCUGUCACGUCGCAGAGAGGUAA